AAAGAAACGAAUAUGUUAAUUAGUUGUAUCAUUCCUCAAAUCAAAAGCAGACAAAAAUAGAACUUGGUAAAUAACAUUGGUAUGAUAGUUUCAGUAGAAUCGAAAGCUGAAAUGAUUUUUUAGAAACGGAAGUAAUUUCAAUUGGAUUUUUUUCUGUCUAUGGAAAUAGCCUGAUACAACAAUUCAAUAAUCGUUUAUAUAUAUGUAGAUGAAAUUGUUUUGAAUGCAAGAGGAUAUGCUAUUCUUCGAGUGUAUUUUUAUGGAAUGGAAAUAUAACAUUGUUUAAUUGGAGAAUGCCCACAGUAUAAAAUGUCUCUCAGCAUUGACAAUUGUGGGAAAUUAAGACUGAUUAUUCUAAUUUGGAUUUUGACGUUAACAUUAUACAAUAUUGCAGACAGUCAAAAUCUUGAGAUAACAAGCACAAGAACAAUGUGGGAGGAUUUAGAGACAAAUUGUAAUACAGCUUCAGACGUUUCGAAGUUAUUUUGCUCAGAAGUUGUAAAAGACGACAUCAAGAAAUGUGAUGUAACACCUAUAUAUAGUAUGGAUACUUCAAAUAUUCCUGAUGAUUUUUCUGCUUGGAUCCAUGCCUAUCUGGUACGAUCAUUCAGCAUUGUAUACGAAGGUUGUUACCAGCAUUCAAACGGAUUGAAAAGCAAACAUUGUAAUGCAACCGAUCUUAUUUCAUGUGCCCGGAUGUGUGACAAUCCUAGACAUACUAAACUUGGGAUUGAAGGAAACAAUAGUUAUUGUAUAUCAGAUAAUGAACUGGUUAUUGACGACCUCCAUGCUAUUUCGGAGGAUUCCUGUCAUAGUGAAAAUAGUGAAAAUGCAUUAAAAAUGAAAGUUUACGACAUUAAGAAACAUGUUAUUUUAGACAAAGAUUUAUGUCCUGUAGGAUAUUCGCUAGGCACGUCGAAAGUUUUUGUUGCAGAAGAAGAUUGCCAGACAUAUAAGAAGUUCUAUUGCUAUGGUAGCACAGCAAUUGAAAGAAAUGCGAUGUCAUGGUACGACGCACAGAAAUUAUGUAAAGACAUUUCUUCAAGGUUGUUAAACGAAGGUGAAUUAUCCUCUUCAACAAAAGGACAAUAUUGGUUGCAUGGGUUACAUUAUAAUGAUUUUGACAUACAAACACCAUUACCAUUAUACCCAACCAGAUGUGCCGCUAUACACAGACACAGAAAGGUGUAUUCAAUCAAACUAUUUGAUUGCUCUACUAACUUGUAUACGUUAUGUUUAUCCAAACAUGCUCCAACGAAUAAAUUGCCAGGAAUUUCCAUACCACCAACACCAAGUAGUUCGACAAAGAUGACAAGUACCAAAUUAUCUCCAACCUCACCAGGAGUUACAUUUCAAAUAUCAACUAACUUUUCCACAGAUAUUAACAUUUCCACAACCACCACCAAUUAUAGUGUCACCAUGGCUACGUUGAUCCCAGAUACCGUAAGUGUUUCGAUAAUUAUUCCAGUGAUAGCAGUUAUUAGUGUUGUGGCAAUAAUUGUAGUAGUGAUAUUUUGUAUCAGAAAACGCAAAAAUGCAGGAAACAAUCUAUCUCUGUCUCCACAAAGGGAACACACUACAUUAUUAGAUGCUCAAAAAUCAGGCCAAAGUAGUCCUAAUACUGACGCUGGUGCUGAAAGUGUUGAACUGCAAAGUCAUUAGUGAAUUCAUGUAAACGAAGAACGCUGAUGAGAGAAAACGUUUCUGUUUAAAUUUAUUUAUUCUUUCUUUAUGAGGCAAGUGCACCAAUUGUUUUUAUUGAAUUGCUGCCACUGUAUUUUAAUUGAUCGUUAUGUGUACAUCAAAAUAACAUUACGGUAAACGAUAGACAGUUGACAUCAUGUGUAAUGUUUAUGAUUCUGUCACAUCUUUCUCAUAGAUUAUUUAAGUCAACUUGAACAAUUUUAACCGAUUCCGAACUAAGACAUAUUGAUUCUCCUACAAUUAUAAAUCAAUUAUCAGGAUUGAUUACCCUUACGAUCAAAUAACAUUCAAACUAACCCUUCGUUGUCAUAAAAGAAUUAUAAGUGACGAAAAAAGCAAAGACAAUAAUGUAAAUUUAAGGUUUUGCAGCUUGUGAUCGUCAUCAAGAAUAGUACUUUGACAUAAAAUAACGUGUAACGUUCUUUUUUCUGAAUAUACACGUAAACUGUUUGUGUAGCUUGUAUGGAACGAAUAUGCAUACCGAAAACUAAAAGUCUUUUGACUCUUUUUUCUUAUCAAUGAAUUUAGAAACGCUAGGGUCAAUCACAAUUCACAAGUGUAGGAUAGAAACCAACAAAAACGUGACAAAAAGCCGAAUAGCGACGAAAAUACACAUGCAAUUUCUGUAUUUCAAAUUAAAAACAGAGCAAAUACGUUUUUGAACACAACCUUAAAUCAAUAACACAACUCGGUAUUCAAAUUCUGUGUAACACAUAGAUACGUUAAAAUCCGUAGUAACACCAAAUAGUUUGUAAUUUUGUUUCUCUUUUACCACAGUUUAGUACUUUGUUCUUACUAUAUAUUUAUCUGUACUAACUGAAUACGAUUGUUUCUAAUUUAAAGCAUUGAUUUUAUUAUGUAAUAACUAUUAUUAUAAACUUGUACAUGUAAUUAAAGUCAAAAUAAUUCAUUUCUGCUAGUUAAAUCCAUUAUUGCGUCUUAAGAAUUAUAACGAGCUAACAUUCAACAUGGACGCGCAAAUCUAAAAUGUUUGAAAAACAAUGGACGUUUACCUACUUAAUUA